AAAUUCGAACCUGAAAUUCUCUGUCACCUAUUGACGAAAAUAUCCCUGAUUACAUUCUUAAGUUCGAUUCAAUGCAAGACUCCGUCCACAUUCCCACUGGUUUAUCCGGCGAAAAACCGGCCGAAGAUCCGUCCAAUGUUGCCGGAAAAUUGAACCAGAGCACCGUGAAUUGCCUCUAUGAAGCAAAAAUCGCAGGAUUCCGGCGUCUAGUGACAGUGACCUGGUGUAAAAACCUAAUGGCGCAUGACCUCUCUAUUGCCCUAGAAAAACCGGGCACUUCAGAUAAUCACUACACAUGCAAAAUCGAGCUCAAACCAUGGUACUUUUGGAGCAAAAAGGGGUUCAAAUCCUUUGAAAUCGAUGGCAAAAAGCUCGAUUUCUACUGGGAUUUGAGAACUGCUAAAUUUUCAGGGAGCCCUGAACCGUUUGCUGAUUUCUAUGUUGCUCUUGUCUUUGAAGAGGAGGUUGUUCUUUUAAUGGGGGAUUUGAAAAAAGAAGCCUUCAAGAAAACAAAGGCCAGGCCGUCUUUGACAGAUGCAGUGCUGUUAUCAAAGAGAGAGCACGUUUUUGGAAAGAGAAGCUUUGUAACCAGAGCGAGAUUUGAUGAGAGAGUAAACAAAGCUCAUGAGAUCAUAAUCGAAUGCCCAGUUAAUGGAAUUCUGAAUCAUGAGCUAUGGAUCAGCAUUGAUGGCAUGGUUUUGAUUCAGGUGAACAAUUUGCAGUGGAAAUUCAGGGGAAAUGACACGAUAAUGGUGAACAAAUUACCCGUUCAGGUGUUUUGGGACGUUCAUGACUGGAUCUUUGGGAUUGGUUCAGGUCAUGCUCUGUUCAUAUUCAAGCCUGAUUCGCCGCAUUCCGGUGAACAGAGGCAUUUUUCCGGCGAGGGUUUGACAGGGUUUUGCUUGUUCUUGUAUGCUUGGAAGAUAGAGUGAGAAAGUGAGAAAAAUAGAGUGAGAAGAAAGUGGGACAGACUGAGAUGAAUGGUUAGGCUUCGACGAUAGGUUUCCGGCCAUUGUGGGUCAGAUUCCGGGGUCUUAUGCGGCGUGAAAGAUUUCUGUAGACCGGGGAGAGAGAUCAGGGGGGAAAGAGGGAGAGUUCAUCUAAUGGGAUCAAGAAAAUUUUUGUUGUCGGCAUUCUGAUGAGUCUUGAUUUCGAUGAAAAUAAGUUGAUAUGUGGUGGUGGUAUCCUCUCUCCAUCAGAAACAUGUGAGAUGGGAUAGGUUAUGGUUUCUCAUAAAAGAAGAAAGAUGAAAAAAAAAAAAAAA